UUUUUUUUUUAAAAAAAUAUUUCAAAGGUUUGUUAAACCAAAUUACCAUACACUUUUGAGUUUACAAACUUGUGAGACAAAACCUCAGGCAACUACGUAUCAGUCGAGGGAUUAGGGAUAGUGAAAACAUGGUUGUUCAACAGUUCUUUAUUUCAUAGGACAGUGAAAAUUUCUUUGACUGCUUAGGUUCUGUUGGAAUGCCAAAGCCAAAAAAACCUGAACAUAUGCUUCAACUUCUUCAGCAUUUCAUCAAACACUCAAACCAAAUCAAACAAAUACACUCACUUGUCACAACCAGUGGUUGUCUCCUCCUUACCUCUCAAUGGAUCAACACACUUGUUUACAACACCCUUAUCAGGGCUUACCUCAACAUUUCUCAACCUCAAACAACUCUCACCCUUUUUACCCACAUGCUCUUUCAUCAAGCUCAACCCAAUAGUCAUACUUUCCCUUCACUUAACAAAGCAGCCUCAUCUUUCCCACCCCAUUUGGCUUCAUAUAUAGGCAGUAACCUUCACUGUCAAGUCUUGAAAAGAGGGGUCUUGGGUGACCCGUAUGUGUCCACAUCUUUUAUCGGGUUGUAUUCACAUGCAGGUGAACUCGAGAGUGCACGUAAGGUGUUUGAUGAAAUUCCUGAACCGUGCGUUGUCUCGUAUAAUGCAAUGCUUGAUGCUUGUGGGAAAAAUGGGGAUAUGGGUUUGGGGUUCUUGAUGUUUUCUCGCAUGAUGUAUAGAGAUGUUUAUUCAUGGACUAGUAUGAUUCAUGGGUACAUGAAGAAUGGGUGCUCUGAGGUUGCGGUUAAGUUUUUCGAGAGAAUGAUGGUACAUGAAGAUGUGAAGUGUGGUUUAUUGAAGCCAAAUGAGGCGACUUUUGUUAGUUUACUUUCUUCUUGCACGUUUUUGGAUAUUGGUGUGGCAUUAUAUCUAGGGAGGCAAGUGCAUGCUUACAUGGUAAAGAAUGAGGAGUUGAGUGUCUUCAUGACGACCGCAUUGAUUGCGUUUUAUGGGAAGAUGGGUUGUUUGGUACAUGCUUCAAGGGUAUUCGAUGCAAUGGUUAGCAAGCAGGUUUGUGCUUGGAAUGCUAUGAUUUCGUCCCUAGCUUUGAAUGGUAGAGAGAAACAGGCAUUAAUGAUGUAUGAGAAGAUGAGAGCAAGGGGGCUGCAACCAAAUGAGAUUACCUUCGUGGCAGUUCUAUCAGCUUGUGCGUGUGCCAAGCUUGUCGAUUUGGGUUUUAAAUUAUUUAAAGCAAUAUCACUUGAAUUUGGACUUGUACCUAAGAUGGAACACUAUGGGUGUGUAGUUGAUCUCUUAGGGAGAGCUGGGCUACUGCAGGAAGCGUACGACUUCAUAAAAAAGAUGCCUUUUGAAGCUGAUGCCACUGUCUUGGGUGCUCUGAUGGGUGCUUGUAGACUUCAUGGAGCCAUUGAGUUGGGAAAUGAAGUAGCACAACUAUUGCUCAAGUCACAACCGAAUCAUUCUGGGCGAUAUGUGCAACUCUCAAGUAUUUAUGCUGGCGCAGAGAGGUGGGAUCAUGCUGCCACCUUGAGAAAAGUAAUGUUAGAUGCUGGAAUACAUAAGGUUCCAGCCCACAGUCUUAUUUAGUAGAGCUGAUAACUGCAACAGCUUUUAUUUUGCAAAUUUGCCAAUGAGCCUUCUUGGUGAUGAGAUCUCGACUCAUCAAAAUCAGCUAAAAGGAUCCUGCAUAUGGAUUUUACACACAGAUUGAAGCACUGCAUAAAGAAAGCUGAAGUUGCAACAGAAAAAAAUUAAAAGCUGAAGUUGCAACAGGAAAAAUUAAGGAAAUGAUAGAUUUCUAUGAAAAAUGCAUAGCAGACAUGGUUCCCUAAUCUGUUUGACGAGGUUAUUACUUGAUUGGCUGAUGGAGUGCAAUAAAGUAAUUGCAGAGAGAAAAUUCUUGGAAAAAUUGGACUUCUUGGAGUUAAAAAGUUUUCUUUGAAGGUUCAAAUUUGUAUGUUGGACUCAGAGGCAUAUAUCAAAUGUAUAUUGGCAGACACGAACUUUAAGGAAGCAAAUUUUUAUUGCAUUUGUCCGCAAGCAGACAUGCAUCAUCUUGACGUGAACAAGUCUACAGGGACUAAAAGAGCAUAAAAACUUGUUUGAGGAGCAAGGAGCUUGUUAUCUGCUAAGAAUAAGAAAAGAGCAUCGAUUUGACCUGAGCUCUGUUAUUGAGAAUGCUUAUUUAAUGAGCGUUGUCAAUCUUAUGUCUUGAAGGGGAUUCAAACCUCUUCAUGCUCUUUAGUAAUAACAUUACGAGCUACAUGCUAGUCCAGCAACUGUCUCUAGCCUAUUCUUUGAGUGCAUUUGCUCUUCCUAUAGAUGGAGGAAACUGCUAUGAGAAUGAAGACAUUGAACUAUUAGCCAAUGUAAUGCUUAUUGUUAUUUGUUAGUAUGUAAUGCUCAUUGGUAGUAAUAGUUCUAGUUAGUUGUUAGAAGUGAUGAGCCCAAAUGGUAUGUUUCUGUCUCAGAUUUGUGAUUAAAUGUUCACUUUGGUAAUAAAAAGUUUAGUUAUCAGAAAAAAUAGUAAACAUGUAAUCUCGGGUUAGUUUGGUUUCGA